AUGUUGCAACCAGCUGAGCAAGACGCCGUAUUACAUCUAUCUGUCUGCCCAUCUAUCUAUCUAUCUAUCUAUCUAUCUAUCUAUCUAUCUACUUAUAUCAACUGUUCAUAUCUAUCUAUCUAUCUAUCUAUAAAUAUAUUUUUCUAUCUAUAUUUCCGUCUGUUAAUAUCUAUCACAGACUGUUUAUAUCUAUCUAUCUAUCUAUCUAUCUAUCUAUCUAUCUAUCUAUCUAUAAAUAUAUAUUUUUCUAUCUAUCUAUAUCUCCGUCUGUUAAUAUCUAUCACAGACUGUUCAUAUCUAUCUAUCUAUCUAUCUAUCUAUCUAUCUAUCUAUCUAUCUAUCACUUUCUCUUCUGUUUAUAUCUAUCUAUCUAUCUAUCUAUCUAUCUAUAAAUAUAUUUUUCUAUCUAUCUAUAUCUCCAUUGUUCAUAUAUCUAUCUAUCUAUCUAUCUAUCUAUCUAUCUAUCUAUCUAUCUAUCUACUUAAUUAUCAUCUAUCUAUCUAUCUAUCUAUAAAUAUAUUUUUCUGUCUAUCUAUAUCUCCGUCUGUUAAUAUCUAUCACAGUCUGUUCAUAUCUAUCUAUCUAUCUAUCUAUCUAUCUAUCUAUCUAUCUAUCUAUCUAUCUAUCAAUAUAUUUUUCUAUCUAUCUAUAUCUCCGUCUGUUAAUAUCUAUCACAGUCUAUUCAUAUCUAUCUAUCUAUCUAUUUAUCUAUCUAUCUAUAAACAUAUUUUCUCUCUAUAUCUCCGUCUGUUAAUAUCUAUCACAGAUUGUUCAUAUCUAUCUAUCUAUCUAUCUAUCUAUCUAUCUAUCUAUCUACUUAAUUAUCAUCUAUCUAUCUAUCUAUCUAUCUAUCUAUCUAUCUAUCUAUCUAUCUAUAAACAUAUUUUCUCUCUAUAUCUCCGACUGUUAAUAUCUAUCACAGAUUACUGUUCAUAUCUAUCUAUCUAUCUAUCUAUCUAUCUAUCUAUCUAUCUAUCUAUCUAUCAUAGUCUCCUCAUAUCUAUCUAUCUAUCUAUCUAUCUAUCUAUCUAUCUAUCUAUAAAUAUAUUUUUCUAUCUAUCUAUAUCUCCGUCUGUUAAUAUCUAUCACAGACUGUUCAUAUCUAUCUAUCUAUCUAUCUAUCUAUCUAUCUAUCUAUCUUAUCUAUCUAUAUCUAUCCUAUCAUUAUCUAUCUAUCUUAUCUAUCUAUCUUAG